AUGGGAGACGAUGUUGGGGAGGCUACAAUCAUGUUAACACAGACAGACAGACACACCAGACCUUCGCCCAGUGGCCCUUUGGAGGCGUGCAAUGCUUUGAUUGGUCUUAUCGAACCGGUGGUGGUGUGUGUGUGUGUGUCUGUGCCCGUGGUUGUGACUGUAAUUCGCAUCCCCUUUCGGAAGGUCUUGCACCCUCUCCCUCUCUCACUCUCUCGUGCACGCACACAUAUACACGUGCGUAAACGGACAAUUUCCCGUGUUCCAACUCUUGCCACCUCGUGCACCUCUCUAUCUCUACCUGUCUUCGCGAUGGAAAUGAAGAAAGCCUCCGACUACCCCGAAGUGGAUACAAAUGCACCCACAUGGAUUCGAAAGAUGCGCACUGUCUUCCGUCGAUUUGACUCUCGUGGUCGUGGAGCUGUUGGCAUUGACGAAUUCCUUGACAUUGCCACUUCAGUUCUCUCCGAGUUCCCAAAGAGCGAGAACUUCUUUGGGGACCAGUUGGUGCAGGCCAUGAUCCAUCUGUGGUAUGGUGUCAUCUGCACCGAGGGGCAGGAGCACCAACGAACUGAGAUUGUGAUGCAUGAGAAUGAGUUUAUCAAGGCCAUGGGAAAGUGUAUUAAUGGGCUGUUUAAAACUGAGUUUGAGCAGAACAUUGUGUCACCUCUCUUUGAUAUAGCCGACUGCGACAAGGAUGGAUUCAUCCAACAGAAUGAGAUGAGCCAAGUAAUAGUCGCUGUGGGUGGGAAUCAAAAGGAGGCGGAGCUUUUAUUCCGUCUUCUCGAUGCAGGCACCAAAAAGGGCGUCACUAAGGCUCAAUUUGAGGGCAUCCUUGCUGAAUUCUUCUUUGAUGCUGGUAUCAAAGGCAAAACGGCGAGGCUGUUUGGCGCUCUUAUUAACUACAAGCGACCUGAAGACUAUCCAGAGGUUGAGUGUGGACCAGUUUGGGAGGGAAAGAUGAGAACCAUGUUCCGCCGAUUGGACUUACAUGGAACAGGGAAGCUACGCUGUCACGACUUCAUUCAAAUUGGGAGAGCUCUGGCGCAACGAAACCACCUGCCGAAGCACAAGGCGGACAAUGUUAUGCGUGCUAUGCUUGAUAUCUGGGUGCACUACUUCUCUAUUGACAAGGAUGGUGCGCACUUCACAGAGAUCACUGAAAAGGAUUUCAUUCACAACCUUCGGUCGAUGAUUAAUGGCGAGUUCCGACAUGCUAUCGACCAGUACGGUUGGACAUUCUUUAAAGCUGUUGAGGUUGAAGGCACGGGGUUUAUCUCAAUGGCGGAGUACCGUAAUUUGCAAGAGGCGUGGCGGGUUGGCCGUGCCGAAGCUGAGGGCAUGUUCAAGGCAUGUGGUCUACAAGACAGUGAGGAAGUUUUGGACACAGAUAAAGAUGGGAAGAUAAGCAGCGAUGAAUAUCUCUCAGCGUGGUGUGAAUAUUUCUUGGGAGAGGAUCCGGCUAGCCCUUACAAGACCUUCUUCGGUCCUGUGGUUACGAAACACUCACGUGACUCCUUUGCUGAGCAUGGAGUGCUCACUUAUCCGGACGACGGCUCUCUGCCUGAUUUUGGACCUACAUUUUAUUCUCAAACUCGCAACAAAGACUUCAAACCGUCUAGAGUGGAGCAGUACUUUCUAAAGGGCUCCGAUGCCUCUGAUUUCAAGGCGUGCCGUCUCCUUCCUGAUUGA